AUGGUCGACCCGAAUACAUCUUCUCCCACCGAUAAACGUAAUUACCACUGCACAGAUCUCUUCGAGGACAGUCCUUCUCAGACAUCAUUACGCAUGGGGAAGUGCUCAUUUUCCUACUGCAAGGCUCGAACAAGCAGUCAGCCAACAGUCUUGAUCAAAGAUCAAAACUACGUCAAGCUACCCGAUGGCGUUGUAUAUCAUAGCAAGGACAGGCAUCUGUACUUUACAAAUAUGGGAACACCGCACCUCAACGAUGGAAGUGUCUCUUCAGUCUCCGUUGAUGGAUCAGAUCCUUGCACGGUGCUUUCUCCGGGUCAAAUACACACGCCAAAACAGCUCGCCUUCGACGAAAGAAGGUCUACGAGUCAUGCGCUGUAA